AUGGGGAGAAUCAAGAAGGUUGCGGCACAAAAGCAUGAGGCUACACUGUCUCCCUACCUAGCGGAAUUUGUAGCUCGUGCGACCACUAUUUCCUUGCCGGAGCUGCCUUCUCACCUUCGCACAUUUCCCCGCGUUUGGCCAUUUCCCAGAGGUGACCUGUAUCACUGGAUCAAUGUCCUGAAUCGCUUUGACGAGAUCCUUGCCUCCGUCAUUGAUAGAUACGGUCUCAGUAAUGGUCCCCAAACGACGCCCUUUAGCCGACAAUAUCUCGUACAUUGUUGUACAAGUGAAGACCCCAAGCUAGAUUCGCGGGAUAUCGAGGCUAAACUUGCGGGUUUGGGGUACGGUUCGGAGGGAGAUAGGGAGCUUCUGGAAGCCUUACUCGACUUCUCUAGACUGCUGCUGGAGAAAUGUGGCAACCGCAGCUUGUACAAUAGCAGUGAACGCUUGGGCGAGUUACUCAACACUACGUCGCUGAGCUUACUACAGUCUACGCUUCGUUUGUCCCUCUCUUUAGCACAAAGAUAUCACUCACGUCACCGGGGUGGCUCGCAUCUUCAACAGAGCUUGUUGGCAACGCAUUACAACAUUGACCUCGAGAAGCUGCAAAAAAUCGCGGCUCCCUUCUCCCGGCCUACUCUCACUAGUCGACCAGGGAUUUCUCCAUCUGGUAUCAAGAAUAAAGAAAAAGUCCCUCAGACUAAACAUAAUGCCAAUGACCUAACGUCGCUCACACGAGAGGACCAUGGCUGGGAUGAUUGGGGCUAUGUCCACCUCCUAUACUACCCUUCGGGAUCCGCUGAGCAAGCGAAGGCAGUUACUGAAAGUGGGCCAGGCGGCUCCCUUGCACACGUUCCAACGACUCCCACGCCCUUGCGCCGAAGCCAUACCACGGGCUCUACUCCGCGUGUAGGCCGUAUUCCUUCGACAGAGGACUCCCCCGCCUCAGUUGUCAAUACACCCGCUGGAAAAGUGGACGAAAAUUUACCCGGCGGAAAGACGCUGGAUAUCCCGAGCUCGGUAGUUCUCACAUCGUCGGCUGAAGAGAUCUUCUCGUUGCACUCAAGCGAAGUGCCAGAUGAUUCAAAGUAUGAACUAUUGAACAAGAUUCGCACGGCAAAAGGCCUGGCCACAUCUCAGUCAACAAGAGAACAGAUACUCGCCAUAAGAAUUCUUGCAAUCACGAAUUUGGCGUAUAUUUACCCAGAGCCGCUCUUCCAACAAAAGAUUCUUCAAUUUGAUAUGGAGCACCCAAAACGCCUUCAACUCGCCUAUCAACUGGGAGAGUUAGUUCACCUCGGUGCUAGUGACGAUCUACCAGUGUCCCGGACUGUUCAGACAUUCUCUAUCCAGGCUCUUGAUGCGCUAGCAAAGCACAAGGCGCGGGCGAUUGACGUCUGUGCUGCGCUGAGUGUCAACGUGAAUCACGGUGUUCUUAUGUUUUUGACUCGAAAGGCUGUCAACGAACUAAGCGUUGAGGGUGAUGGGAAUGACGACAGUGGCCAAGACGAAUGGCGGGAUGCGUUGCUCGCUUUAUUGCGUACUCUUCCUGGGUCAAGCACUAGAACCCCGGAGACCCUUGUAGCCGCUGGACUGAUUCCGAUGUUUGUGGAUGUCCUCAACCUCCGCACUGAUAAAGCUCGUCGUGUUUAUUCCCGUGUUAUGGAAUUUCUCGACAGUUUCGUGCUCGCUGUCCGCGAUGCCUUUGGAAUACUUACUAACGCCAAGGGUUUCGACGCGCUUUCAGAUCUGAUUGAUUAUGAAACUAAAUCAUCAUUUCAGAAUGUAUCUCGGGGAGCCGGGAUCCCGGACUAUUACAAGACAUCGUCAAUCGAUUAUCAGAUCCCAUAUUUCCAACAGCAGACUCUACGUUGGUUGUUUCGGUUCGUCAAUCACAUAAUGCAACACAGUGGCGGUGGAUUUGAUCGAGUUCUCCGAAACUUGAUUGAUUCUCCGCAGCUGCUGACUUCCCUGCGCCUCGCCAUUGAGCACGCACCUGUAUUCGGCUCCCACGUCUGGAGUAACGCCGUCAAUAUCCUUAGCAGCUUCAUCCAUAAUGAACCAACUAGCUAUCAGGUCAUUGCGGAGGCUGGAUUAAGCAAGAGUUUUCUGGAGGCUAUUACUCUUUCAAGCGUCACAUCUCCUGAAGCUUCACCAGCCGAGAGCGGGUCUGCGGAACCCUCUGCUGCCGAAGCAGAGAACGAGCCCACGGCGUCGUCAAGUAUAACCACGGGUCCUUCAGAUGAUGAGAAGCAGAAAUCCCGCGACUACAUCAUCGCCAGGCUUAAAGGUGCUCGCUUAGCCCCCGGCAUCAUGCCCGCUACCGAAGCUCUCUCAUGUAUUCCUUCGGCGUUUGGAGCAAUUUGUCUGAAUGGGUCAGGGUUGGAACUCUUCCAAUCAUCGCAUGCCUUGGAAAGCUUUUUUGAAAUAUUCGAAAGUCCUGCCCAUGUAAAGUGUCUCAUUAAGGAUGACACGAAUUUGGUUCGUUCUUUGGGAAGUACUUUCGAUGAGCUAGUCCGUCAUCAUCCGCGCCUGAAAUCGUCAAUUAUGACGGCAAUCAUGGUUAUGGUGGCGCGUGUCGGAUUUUUGUGUAGAACCAAGGCUUGGUCACAUGGAAUGGGCGCUAAGUUGUGGAAAGAGGACUCGCAGGGAAAGCCCGUUAUCUCGGGGGAACCCUGGCAGCUGUUCAGAGCAAUUGGUCUUGAUGGUUUUGGGCCUGGUUCAUCUGAUGACGUUCAUGCUUACGGUGUUCCUACCAUUAAUACCGCUGCAACUCUACCCAGCGGAGGAAAGCUUAGCAUCGGGAACUUGAGCGACCUUCUUCCACCCCUAGACGCCGAGAUUGAACCUAAGGACGAGGAUGCGGACGGGCUGACGGCAACUGACUACCUCUUCGCCAUGUCGCGGUUCUUGGGGGCAUUUUUCGAGAACCAGGCCAACUGCACCUAUUUUAUUGAAUCUGGGGGGGUCGAGUUCAUCCUGGAUCUUGCUACGCUGCAAAGCCUUCCCUUCGAUUUUCAUAACACCGAGGCGAAUCAAGAACUCACCGUGCUCGUCCAUAUGCUUGUGGAAACCAAGCCCCAUUUGGUCGUACCGUCUCUUAUCUGCCGCACUGAGCGCGUUGUCGACUUGUUAACUGAUUUUUGGAAAUCUGCCGACGAACAAGGGUUUUUCUUCUCCUUGGUUCAGCCGGAGAGGGGAGGACAUGGUAAAGCAAGCAGCUCUGUUGACGAACCUCUUAAGUCUUCGAGGGAUAAUGGAACUUUCUUCGCGAAGCAUAUGGCAUCUGCGCUCAUACUAAUUGAUCUCCUUCGCGAAGCAUUUUCUUUACCCCUUUAUCAAUCGAGGCCAAGCCAACAAACCUCUGUCUUUGCUCAGGUAAACUUAGCCGACCGGUACAGUGUUCUAGUCAAGAAGCUGGGCAGCUUGCAUGCGGCCUGCGUUUGGGAGGAGAUUCUACUUGAAAAGAACAUUCCGGAUACCUGGGACCAAGCAACGAAAGUUCAGCCACCCUCGUCUGAUAGACCUGCGGAAAGCUCGGGACUAUUGACAGACAACAUUUCCAACUUGCUCAAUGGUGGAACUCGUCGAGAUGUACCCACCGGCAGCAACUCUCCUAACCCGCAGACCCCUCAGCCGACUAGUGACAUCCAACCUAAGCUCACAGACGGUGAUGUAGCAUUCAGGAAUGUGCAAGCACUUCGGUAUUUGCUGAGUUCUCUGCCGUCUUCAAUUACAGGGUUCUUCCGCAACCUGGGUCUUUGCCUCAUUGGAAAGAGAAGAAUUGAUGCUUAUCAGAAGCAGAAUGCGACGACGGUAGCUGACGUUAUCGCUGGCGCUGUACUUGAACAACUGCAGUUCAAGCCUGCCAACUCCAGCAGCAACCCAAAGCUCAAAUUUGCUUAUCUUAUUGUUAUCCUGUCGUCUUUUUCUCACUUGCUAUUCGAGGCUGCACCGGAUCGCCAUCACUCUUAUUACCUUACGCUUGUCCUGUUCGCCUUCAAGAAGAGUAACGGACUGGGAGUCUUAAAGGAUGUUCUUACGCCACCGCAAUCUGUACCCGAUUCCGAAAAUGACGUGUCUGCAAGAUUGACGUCCGCCUAUGGUGGCAUCAAGAUAAUCCUGAGUUUCUUUGCCGAGUUAGCCUCUGGAAAGAGCAUUAUGGAAUCGAACCAAACACAGGCCAUGUCAAGUGACCGGGAUCGGGGUCGGCCAGACUACUUCAAUGCAGGCCAAUUCCUGGUGGAUCUUCGGAUGCAGAUUUUACCAAUGGCGCGCGAUAUGUGGAAUUCUGACUUUGCAACCCAGUCUACAAGCUCCGUUGUCAAAUGCCUCGUUGAUAUUUUGCGUUCGUCUCUUGAUGGUGAAUAUGAAACGGGUGCAGCUCGACGAUCUGACCCACCAGCCGCCUUGGCCGAUGUACAAAGAAAGCGAUUUCUUAUCCACAAGGACAGAGUUAAGACGUUGCAGGAUAAAGGGUUUGACAGUGAACUAGUCCAGGAGGCGCUAUACCGCUGCAAUAACACGCUUUCUGCUGCUGAGGAGUAUUGCAGAGCACAGGGGUACUUGAGAGCCCCCGAGCUGAUACCGCCAGAAGCCAAUGAGAUUGAAGCAGCUCGUUCUAGUACAUCUGCUGGUGAGGGACUUGAGGACCCGGUUGGCUCGGAUGUCACUGCUUUCGAUAGUGGUGCAUUUUUUGACAGCGACCCUAUCUCUAUGCUUCUCGCCCAGGCACAUAGACGGCCCGCCGUAGAUGGCCGCCAGGACACAAACGCAGAUAUGCCGGACGAUAUCACGAGAGCUUUAACCCAGAUUCUGAAUCCAAGAUCUGCAGAUGAUAUCCAUGAUGAUAACGCAGCGAGCAAUCAGCCAGAGUCCAGCAAUGCUCGCGUGAGCAGUUCAGCUGUCUCGCCAGAACGGCGCACUGAUCAGCAGCCUACCAGGCGACGCGACUUGAUCACUGUCGAGGACUUGGACUCUGAAAGGGAGAAAGUUCGGUCAAACUUAAUUGAGCGGUGCUUAGAUGUGUUGAACGAACAUCACGAUGUUUCGUUUGAGUUGUCCGACUUGAUAGGCUCUGCCAUUAAGAAGCAUCGGGACCCAGAAAGCUUUCGAAAGGAGGUUGGAGAACUUCUUGUCCAAUCCUUGGUUUCACUGCAAAUGGAGGACUUCCAAGCUGCCGGCAAAAAGGUUGCUGCGUAUGCUCAUCUUCUGGCGUUGGUGGUCCAGGACAAGGAGAUGUACAACGCUACACUAGACGAGCUAAAGGAGUGUUUCACAACGUUCCUUCAGUUCAUCGCGGUACCCUCGGAGAAGACUCCUGAUGAAUCAUUUCCCUGGGUAGGACAUGUGUUGCUUGUUCUCGAGAAACUACUCUCUGAUGAUGCUCAACCACCCCAAAUCAACUGGGCCUUACCUGAUAACUCGGAUCCCAGCUCGAUAGACGAUGGGCCGGCCCAGUUGCAGGAGCCUCUCAUAUCCAACGAGGAGAAAAUGCAACUGUUUGAAGUUCUCGUCGAAGUGCUUCCUAGAAUUGGAAAGGACGACACUCUGGCUCUCUCAGUGUGUCGGAUCCUGGUCAUCCUCACCAGAAUUCGCAGUAUUGCCGUUCGACUCGGUGAGAAACGUAAUUUGCAACGAUUAUUUGUCAUGGUCAAGCAGCUUUCGAGCUCCACAAAUGAUAAGCUUCAAGGCGCUUUCAUGCUUAUCUUGAGGCAUAUUAUUGAAGACGAAGAUACCAUCCGGCAGAUCAUGAGGAGUGAAAUCGUUGCCAACUUCGAAUCAAAAUCUCAUUCACGGCCAAUCGACACUACGGGGUAUGUCAGGCAAAUGUAUCAUUUGGUGCUCAGAUCGCCAGAAAUUUUUGUCGAAGUCUCCAACGAAAAGCUCAAACUCUUGCGGUACGACAGCCGACAACGUCCUCAGCACCUCACGUUGAAGUCUGAGAAGAAGACUGAAGCGGGCGCGAAACCCAGCGGUUCUGCCGAGCAGAAGCCUGACAAUGCACAAACUGACAAAGAGAAGGGAAAGGCCGCUGAGUUGAAAACUCCUGUCGUGGAGAAGCCAGAUGGGGUCAUCCACUAUCUUCUUUCCGAACUCCUGUCUUACAAGGAUGUUGAUGAUAAGGAACCAUCAGGGGACAAUCUAGAAACCUCUGCCGUUGAGCAAUCGGAGACUCCGACUCAGACUGAUGUUGAGAUGUCAACUGACGAACCUGCUCCUUCCGUUUCGAGCACCGAGCUCCAGGGCUCGCGGAAUCCCAAGAAGUCAGAGAAGCCCGCAUUCCAAGCAGAUGAUCAUCCCAUCUACAUUUAUCGAUGCUUCUUGCUUCAAUGCUUGACGGAACUGCUUUCGUCCUACAACCAAACCAAGGUUGAAUUCAUCAACUUCUCUCGCAAGGCGGAUCCCUUGGUAACCACGCCCUCCAAGCCUCGCUCCGGGAUUCUGAACUAUCUUCUCAAUGCCCUCGUGCCUGUUGGCACGAUGGAGCACGAUGAAUCCGUUGCCUUUAAAAAACGCAGUAACACCUCUGCUUGGACAAUGCGUGUCCUGGUUGCAUUGUGCACCAAGACAGGUGAAAUCGGUGGUCACGGAAGGCGCCGCAAUGAUCAGAAUUCUAACGAAGAAGACGAACCUGAGCUAGCCUUCGUGCGAAGGUUCGUUCUGGAACAUGCUCUAAAAGCGUACAAGGAAGCAAAUGCUUCCAAUGAAGCACUAGAUGCAAAGUAUUCUCGGUUGAUGUCACUUGCGGACCUAUUUGACAAGAUGCUCAGCGGCUAUGCGUUUGUCUCAGGAGACACUGCUUUCCCAUCCUCCACCAGGCAAAUCGCUAAAACUAUGUUCGAGAAGCAUUUCAUUUCUGCUCUCACUGCAUCUGUUGCCGAAAUUGACCUGAACUUCCCAUCCUCUAAGCGGGUUAUCAAGUACAUCUUACGCCCAUUGAACAAGCUUACCCAGACUGCUGUGCUCUUAAGCGAGACUUCUGACAUUUCGACCAUUGGGGGAUCAGAGGAUGACGAAAUCUCAUCCGCUACCUCUGUGUCUGACAUGGAAGAUGAGCGUGAAGAAACCCCUGACCUCUUCCGCCACUCUACCCUGGGUAUGUUGGAACCUCGCCACGAAGAGGAAACAAGUUCGGAGGAGUCAGAAGAAGAAGACGAUGAAAUGUAUGAUGAUGAAUACCCAGACGAAAUGGACUACGAAGAAGAGAUGGCGGAAGACGACGGGGAAGUGAUCAGCGAUGAAGAAGAUGAGAUUGAAGGCGUUGGCCCUAUUGAAGGCCUUCCUGGCGAUAACGGAAUGGACAUUGAGGUUGUUAUCGAUGAUGAGGAUGACGAUGACGACGACGAAGAUGAUGAAGACGAAGACGACGACGAAGACGAGGAUGACGAUCACUCCGAAAUGGACGACGAUGAAAUCCUCGCGGGCGAGAUCACUGGUGACAGAGAUAAUGAAAGCCUUGAUGAGGGUGAUGAGGACGAAUGGGAAAGCGAAGAGAUGUCAGAAGACGAUGAUGAAGCCGACAUUAUGAACCAGCUCGAGGACGAACUAGCGGAUAUCAGACACACGGAUCAGCGGCAUGACGGGGGACGCCUUGAAGACAUUUUCCGUGCGUUGAAUGAGGCCGCUGGUGGCGUUGAAGACCUCCAGGCGGAUAGCUUGGGAGAUUUGCAUGAUGACAUUGCCGAUGACGAGCUGAACGAAGAUGAUGAAGACGAAGAAAUUGAUGAGCUAGAGGAAGAGCUUGAUGAAGCAGAUGAAGACCAAGGUUCUUACCAUGGAUUUGACGACGAUGAAGACCUCAUUGAUCCUUGGGGAUGGGACGGUGACGAGCCGCCCCUGCCUCGUGGUCAUCAUCACCAUCAUCGUUUCCGUGGCCCUAAUCCGGCAUGGGCUGCAGUUACGGGCAUGUUGCCAGGUCGUCAUGGAAUAGUUCCAAUCCCCUCAUAUCGUCUACAACGAACCCAAGUCCCGCCACGUGGGAACGAUGAUGGAACAAAUCCAUUGCUGGUCCGAAAUGAUCGAGGCGCAGAUGCACCUGGACAACGUCGUGGGGGCGCUAACGAAGCUUUUACAGACUGGGUGCAUGGGUUGGGACCGGUAUCUACAGGCCGCCUGCAACCCAUGGACAGCCCGGUUACUUUUAUGAACGCCAUCAUGCAGGCCAUUGGCCAAGGGGGCCCAGGAUUUGGGGUCUUCCAUCGUCAUGAUGGUAUCCAUGUUCACGUUGACAGGAAUGCUAUCUUGCCGCACCGCCUCCAGGAUAUCUUCGGAUUGGGUAGACCUCAGGCCCCUCCGGCACGGUUGCGGGAUGAUCCUUCUCAGGCGGUUAGCUUUGCUUUGGCAACCACUAGAAGUCGUUGGCAGGAAGAAGCCCGCAUCUUGUUCAGUAGCACUUACGUCGAAAAGACUCAACGCGUUGUCAACUCGCUUCUGAAAGUCCUUGUGCCUCCGGCUAUCGAGGAAGAGGCAAAACGGCGAGAGGAAGAACGUGCUCGCAUUGCUAAAGAAGAGGAAGAGAAAGAGCAGAGACGGAAGGAAGAGGAGGAGGAGAAAGAACGGAAGCGAAAGGAGGAAGAAAAUGCUCGCCAGCGAGAAGAAAGAGAACGCCAAGAGGAAGCAGAACGCCAAGCGUCAGACGCAGCCCCGGAGCCUAUGGACGAUGUGCAGCGAACUGGCGUUACCGCCGAACCUAGCACAACUGCACAACCGGCCCAAGCUGAACCAAGUCCAGCCGAACCUGCCCGCCGUGUGCAUACAACCAUAAGAGGCCGCCAGUUGGACAUUACCGGACUGGAAAUUGAUCCAGAAUAUCUCGAAGCGCUCCCUGAGGAGUUGCGUGAAGAAGUGAUCAUGCAGCAAUUGGCUGAGCAGCGCUCACAAGCUGCCGCUGCUGGCGAGGAGCCCAGUGAAAUCAAUACUGAAUUCCUUGACGCAUUGCCUCCUGAGAUUCGUGAUGAACUCCUCCAGCAGGAAGCAGCCGACCGUCGACGCCGGGAACGUGAAAAUGCUCGUAGGCAAGCAGGGACAGGCUCCGCCGCUGCCGCCGCUCAUCCUGAAGAAAUGGAUCCGGCCAGCUUUCUCGCUACGCUUGACCCAACUUUACGUUCUGCUGUCCUUGCUGAACAACCUGAAGAAUUACUUGCCACCCUCGGACCGGAGUUUGUUUCUGAAGCCCGUGCUCUUUCAGGAGGAAGGUCGAGGCUCACCCAAUUCGGCGAUAUCCCAAGAGUAGAUCACCGCCAGCGGACAGAACAGGCCGACGAUCAAGAGCCAAAGAAACAGCAACGCCGCCAAAUCGUUCAAAUGCUGGAUAAAGCCGGAGUUGCCACACUACUCCGAUUGAUGUUUAUGCCUCUCCAGGGCAAUGCGCGCCACCAGCUUAACGACAUCCUCCAUAAUGUCUGUGAGAACCGCCAGAAUCGCAUCGAGGUGAUCAGUCUUCUUCUUUCCGUCCUACAAGACGGCAGCAUCGAUGUCUCGGCAAUCGAACGCAGCUUUGCUCAACUGUCACUACGUGCGAAGACUCCAGCUAUCCAGAAAACCCCACAGUCUGUCAAACGAAGCCUUGGCUUCCAGUCAUCAAAUGUUAGCAACGAGGUGACUCCGAUUAUGGUGGUGCAACAAUGUCUCGGGACGCUUGCCUACCUGUCCCAAUACAAUCCUCAUAUAUCCUGGUUCUUCUUGACUGAGCACGACCCAGCUUCUGCACUAAAGUUGAAGGCAUACCGCAAAGGCAAGAGUAAGGAAAACAAAGCCAACAAGUUUGCACUCAACGCUUUGCUUUCGCUGCUUGACCGCAAACUCAUACUGGAGAGUCCCACCUGCAUGGAACAACUCUCGAGCUUACUGGCAAGCAUUACUCAGCCUCUUACUUUACUCCUUCGUCGCGAAAAGGAAAAGCAGGCGGAGGAAGAGAAGGGCAAGGAGCCUGAACAAGGUGAGGGUGAACGGCCCGCGGAGCCUCAACAGCAAGCAGAACCCGGCGAGACUACAGCAGCGGUGGAAUCUACUGCGGAUACGAAUAUGACCGAUGCUCCUCCUGACGCCCAAGUGGGAGACUCACAAGGUGCAGCGACAUCAACUCAAACUGAAGACGCACCUUCGACCGAUGCCAAGGCUGAACCUGUAAAGAGCGAAGAGGAAAAACAUAAGAGAAGGACCAUUGAGCCCCCGGUUAUUCCUGACUUCAAUCUGAAGUUAGUGGUUCAUGUUCUUGCAGCCAGAGAAUGCAACGGCAAGAUUUUCCGAGACGCUCUUUCCACCAUUAACAAUCUUUCUGCUGUCCCUGGUGCUCGGGACACUAUUGGUAACGAGCUUGUUAGUCAGGCACAGUCUUUGAGCACCACGAUUUUGCUCGACCUGGAUGAAUUAAUCAUCCAUGUUCAUGAAGCCAAGAACGGCACCGAUAUGCAGGGCUUGGCACUUGCGAAAUUCUCUCCAGCAAGCUCCGAUCAGGUCAAGCUACUCCGUGUCUUGACAGCCCUUGAUUAUCUAUUCGACCCCAGCCGCGUUGACAAGUCUAAGGCGAAUGACACCGAAGGUUCAGCUAAGGAUGUUCUCCAGACGUUGUAUGAAAGCUCGACAUUUGGACCACUGUGGACGAGACUCAGCGAGUGUCUGACGCUUAUUCGUCAGAAGGAGAAUAUGAUGAAUGUUGCAACAAUUCUCCUACCUCUGGUCGAGGCUCUGAUGGUUGUCUGCAAGAACACCACGCUCAAGGACACCUCGCUUGCCCGCAAUAGCAGAGAGCUCUCCGUCUCAAGCGGCUCUGGUGACACAGGUCUGAGCAUGGAGAGUUUAUUCUUCAAGUUCACGGAAGAACACCGCAAGAUCUUGAACGAGUUGGUCCGUCAAAAUCCUCGCCUGAUGAGUGGUACCUUCUCUCUAUUGGUCAAAAAUCCAAAGGUGCUAGAGUUCGACAAUAAACGCAAUUACUUCACCCGCAGAGUACAUUCACGCGGAGCUGAACCUCGUCACCCCCACCCGCCUCUUCAGCUGGCUGUGCGGAGAGACCAGGUUUUCCUGGACUCAUUUAGAGCCUUAUACUUCAAAUCUGCGGAAGAGCUCAAGCACGGCAAAUUGAACGUGCGUUUCCACGGAGAAGAAGGCGUUGAUGCGGGCGGCGUUACUAGGGAAUGGUUCCAGGUCCUCGCUCGGGGCAUGUUCAACCCAGAUUACGCGCUCUUCAUUCCCGUUGCCGCUGAUAGAACAACCUUCCAUCCUAACCGCCUGAGUGGCGUAAACCCUGAGCAUCUGAUGUUCUUCAAGUUCAUUGGGCGGAUCAUUGGAAAGGCUCUAUACGAGGGACGUGUGCUUGAUUGCCAUUUUAGUCGAGCAGUCUACAAGUGCAUUCUCGGCCGCAACGUGUCAAUCAAAGAUAUGGAAACAUUGGAUCUAGACUACUACAAGUCGCUUCUCUGGAUGCUCGAAAAUGAUAUUACAGAUAUCAUCACUGAGACUUUCGCUGUGGAGACGGAUGACUUUGGAGAGAAGCAGACCAUUGACCUGAUUGAAAACGGGCGAAAUAUUCCUGUGACACAAGAAAACAAGGAGGAGUACGUGCAAAAGGUGGUUGAUUACCGUCUGGUCGCGUCGGUUCGAGAGCAGCUGGACAACUUCCUGAAAGGAUUCCACGAGAUUAUCCCUCCUGAACUGAUUUCGAUAUUCAACGAACAAGAGCUGGAGCUACUGAUUUCUGGACUUCCUGAAAUCGACGUGGAUGACUGGAAGGCCAACACGGAAUACCACAACUACUCUGCUUCUUCCCCUCAGAUUCAAUGGUUCUGGCGUGCCGUGCGCUCAUUUGACAAGGAAGAACGGGCGAAGUUGCUGCAAUUCGUUACUGGUACGAGCAAAGUGCCCCUCAAUGGCUUCAAGGAGCUCGAAGGUAUGAAUGGCGUGAGUCGGUUCAACAUCCAUCGCGACUACGGCAACAAAGACCGUCUUCCAAGCUCGCAUACGUGCUUUAACCAGCUAGAUCUUCCAGAAUAUGAUAGCUACGAGACUUUGCGGCAGCGUCUGUACAUUGCAAUGACCACAGGCAGUGAAUAUUUCGGGUUCGCAUAAGUCGGUGGCUAAUUUCAUGUCGUGUGCGGUUAUUCCCUUUCCUCGUUGUAAUGCCCAAGCAUUUAAACGGCGUUUUGAUUUUACUUUUUCUUACGUUUUCGUGUAUUUAUUGGCUAGAGCAGGAAUUGGGAUGCUCCGAAGGCCUCAAGUCGAAGUGCAGGUCGACUGGCCGGAAUAUGAGCUCUAGAGCCCCUGUCUCUCAUGUAUUUCAGCCGACUUCUUUCUGGAAUCAAAAAGUGCAAUUCUGCAGUUA